UUACUAUUUCUAAUUGUUCAUCUCUAACACUAGAGCGCAUCUCUAUGAAGAAAUGAGCAAAAUUGCAAUUUUUUCGCUUAGAUUUGAUUUUUAAGCAAUAAAAACAUCCAAACAACAGACGGCUAACAAUAACAAAUGGACGACAUAUCCCCCGAUUGAAUUCAAGCAACGGUGCGGGAUUCAACAGCCCUUGAAACGGCAGUGAGCGGAUUUAAGGGCGAGGGCUAUCGCUCAUCACUAUUACAAAUACGAAAAUGAAAUUGCGUGCAUUCUAAAUGAGUAGCUGUUUAUUUUUAAUGAAUUAAAUGCGGCAACGCAAUUAAGCGAAAACAAGCAAAACAGCAACAACAAUAACCAAAACACACGCACACCCAUGCAGCCACAUGGGAACAAUGACCAAGGACUAUGACUAUCUGCUGAAGGUUCUCCUCGUGGGCGACAGUGAUGUGGGGAAGCACGAGAUCCUCUCGAAUCUGGAGGAUCCCUCCACGGAGAGUCCCUUCUGCAGUGGUAAUGACUGCACCUCUCACAUCCUCAAAACGGUAGCAUACAAAACGACCACCAUCCUGCUGGAGGGGAAGCGCGUAAAGCUCCAGCUGUGGGACACAUCCGGCCAGGGACGCUUCUGCACGAUCAUCCGAUCGUAUUCGCGCGGCGCCCAGGGUAUUAUUCUUGUCUACGAUAUAACUAAUAAGUGGAGCUUCGAUGGCAUCGAUCGGUGGCUCAAGGAGGUGGAUGAGCACGCCCCUGGUAUUCCAAAAGUGUUGGUGGGCAACCGGCUGCACUUGGCUUUUAAGCGUCAGGUGGCGGCCAAACAGGCCGAGACCUACGCCAGUCGCAACAACAUGUCCUGCUUCGAGAUAUCACCGCUCUGCGACUUCAAUAUACGCGAGUCCUUUUGCGAGCUGGCGCGCAUGGCGCUGCACAGGAACGGCAUGGAGCAUAUCUGGCGUAGUAAUAAGGUGCUGACCCUGCAGGAGCUGUGCUGCAGGACAAUAGUGCGAAGGACGAGCGUGUAUGCGAUCGACUCGCUGCCACUGCCGCCGUCCGUCAAGUCGACGCUCAAGUCAUACGCGCUGACCACCUCGCAGUGCUACAACUCCUUGACGCAGAGCUCCAAGAGCAAGAAUCGCUGCAAGACGCCGACGAGCGGUAGCCGGAAUAGUUGUGCGAUCGCGUGAUCGUUGCCUUGUAUCCGGAUCCGGAUCUGGACUAGGAUUGUGACGGAUACGGAUACGGAUAAGCUGUUGCCACACACUCCCCCACGCAAGCGACAUUAACUUUAAAUGAACUCUACUUACGUACUCUAGGCUAACAAAAAAAACACACAUCCUUACACACACACACACUCAUACACACACACAACCAAAUGGAAUGUCCUUUCCGAAUUUCGUUUUCUAUUAUAAUUUUUUAUUUUUUUUUUCUAUAUUUUUUUUUUUUAAACAGUACAGCUUACAUUUAUUUAAUUUGUAACUGCCCCUUGACCUCCCACAUCCACACCCACACCCGCACACUCCACCCCCACACUCCAACACCCCCCCUGCUCUCUAUCUUUUUGCAUUACUCUAAUGUUGUUAAUAUUAUUAUGUUUGUAUAAUUCUAAUAUUUAAAGUGCUGAUUUUUUAAGUGCAGCCUUUUCGUACAGCAACACAAAAAAUAAAAAAUUAAUAACUAAAAAUAUAUAUAAAAAAAAAAAACUGGAAAAAAUAAGAGAUUGCGAAGAAAAAGAAAAUCAUUUUUGUACGAAUUAAAAAAAAAGAAAAAUAAGAAAAGAAAUUAAUUAUUUUUUUUGUUUUGUUUAGCAUUGGAUUAAAAAAUAUUCUUAGAGAUGUAUUGUAAUUGAAGCGAAACACACAAAGGCGAAUUGAUAAAGAUAAUUCAUAAUGAACAACAAAAA